UCAUCUGCCAGAACAGACGCGGAGCGAAAGGAAGAAAAUUCAGACGAGGGACGAACUUGGGGGUGGAGCAAUGCAUCCUUCAAUGGCGACGGUGGCAGAAGCACCGGACGAGAAGCCGAAUUCGCUGCACAAUAAAUCAGAAACCCUGGAGGCCGCCGCUCCUUGGAUCGACUACGCGGCCCAGCAAGCCCGCCUUCUCCAGGAGGACGUCCAACGAACUGUCGACUCCUUCGCUGAGGCUUCCAAAUCCCGCCUCUCCCAGAUCAUCUCCACCUCUUCGGCUCAUUUCGCCCAGAGUCUCGAUUUGCUUGGAGAUGUCAAGGCUAAAUAUGCUGCUCACGAGGACAUUGUCUUUGGCAAGAUCAAAGAGGGUGUUGAUGUUGCAGCUUCACAUCCAAUGGCGACUGUGGGAACGAUGGCUGGGUUAGGACUCGUUCUACUAAAAAAGCCUAGGAGCUUCCUGUACUACAAAACUAUACGCCUUAUUAUGAGUGAAGAGGCAAUGCUUUCCAGAGCUGAGUCAAAAGUUAAGGAGCUCCGGCAAUCAAUUGAUCUCCUUAAGGCCGAAUCUCAGAAGUUGGAAAAGAGAGCGCAAAUGGCAGAAGAGGAAAUGAUACGAGGGAGGACUAAACUACGACAAGCCGGAAAGCAGAUCCAAAGUGUGAUUGGUUCAGCGCAUAAGAUAGAAAGACAAGCAGAGGGUCUUAAAGACAUUCUCAGAGAACUUCCUCGAAGAGAAGCUUCUCGAUUCAGAUCCCAGGUCUCUAAACUGGAAUCUGAGGCUAAGCGGGAGAGGAAUUCUCUGAAAAAGGAAGUCUCGAAGAUCAGUGAUUACGGGAUAUCUGUAUGAAUUAUUAAACGUGAUUUUCUUACGCAUUACAAGAUUGAGAUCAAGGAUAUAUCGAGGCCACAUUUUAGAGUUCCAUUGCCGCUUGCCAUGCCUUGCCGUCAUACCGAUGUUUUUUGUAGGCCAAAAUAAUGUUGCCACCGGCACCAUUAUCACAUUGACUUAAAACACGAAGCAAAGGCUUCCUUACUUUGAACACAUUCCCAUUUGAGGAAAUUGUUUGUAAGCUAAAAGUUUUGGUCAUGUGAUGAUUGGUCUGUUUCUUUCUCUCCUUUA